GUAAAAACUGAAAAAGGUGAAAAAGAGAGCACAACCGUACGAAUAUAUGAGAACAAAAAAAACUUUAUACACAUAAAUCCGCAGCAUAUUACUUGAACUCUAACUGUUAAGUUGUGCUCUUCGCAUAUAAGUUCAACGUGUCGUUACACCUUUGUCUUACUCAUCAUUGCCGCAAAUCUUCUCGAUAUGGCAUUGCAUUUUGGCGGUGCAAGGCUGGAUGUUUAUCAGAGUGCUCGUGUCGUGUGUGUGUGAUUACUCAAUUGGAGAGUUUUUUUUUAUUGUUCAUUCGAUCAUUCGUAUGUAUGAAAAGCAAUGAAAUCCAUAACUCGCGCCCCACCGUGUAUUUUUCCACGUUUGAGGGAAUUCUGAGCUAUUGCUCAGUUGGAUUUGCCUCGCAGUUGAUUUGGCGCGUUGGUAGUGAACGGUAGCGCGUUUGAGAAUACUACGAGAAGUAGUGGCCUCGUCACUCAGUGCUCGCUAUGUGAGAAAAAAAAGAGUCGAGAGAGUGAGAGAGAGUAGCGAACAUUUUGCUUCGUACACGAAAUAAAGCGCAAGCGUUCCGGAUGUCAAUAAGCAGGAGAGUCGGAGUGUUGUUGCGCCGCAUUCAAUUUCGAUUCAACUCCCCCACAGUUUGCCACACAAUUCCAUCGGUCCCAUCAACAAUCUCACAGUGAAAUAGUAUCACACACAGGAUUUUUUCUCUCUCACAUUUCUUUCAUAUAACAAUUUUGUGUGCAAGGAAUAAGUUCUAUUUUAGUGAAUUGUGUCCAGGAGGUCCAGGAGUGAAUACCUUAAAGGAAAAAUCAUCACUGCCCCAAAGGGAUUACCUCAUAGAGAGCACCAAAAAAAAGUGAAUUCAGUCACAAAAUUGACUCAUACUUCUCUGAACGUUCUCAACGUUCCAGGUGUGGUUUUCAAAAUAAUAUUACACCUUAUCAGAGUAAUUUACAGUGAAAAGAAAGAAAAGGCACCCAUAGGAAAUGACCAAACCCAAUGAAGGCAAUCAUUGAGGAUGGAUAAAGUGCCACAGAGAUAUCUUCAAUAAACAUUCCUGCAAUACUCUGUGGGAGUACAACGUUUUUUUCACUACUGCCAGCCUUUGGACUAUGAAAUUGCAAUGGACUACAAAUUCCUCUUCAAAGUAGUCCUAGUGGGAAACGCAGGAGUGGGCAAGACGUGCCUAGUGCGUCGCUUCACACAGGGCCUCUUUCCACCCGGACAGGGUGCAACAAUCGGUGUGGAUUUCAUGAUAAAAACCGUUGAGGUGGACAAUGAGAAAAUAAAACUGCAAAUAUGGGAUACCGCUGGCCAGGAACGGUUCCGAUCAAUUACACAGAGCUACUAUAGAUCAGCGCAUGCCUUAAUUCUGGUCUAUGACAUAAGUUGCCAGCCCACCUUUGAUUGCCUUCCGGAUUGGUUGAGGGAAAUCCAGGAGUACGCAAACGCCAAAGUUCUCAAAAUUCUCGUGGGAAAUAAAACUGAUCGCGAUGAUCGCGAAGUACCAACAUCGAUCGGUGAGGAAUUUGCAAAGCAACACGGGAUGUACUUCCUGGAAACUUCAGCCAAGCAAGCGGAUAACGUGGAGAGGCUAUUCUAUGAGAUUGCAGCUGAACUAAUUGAGCAAGCGCGCAACAAGGAGAUGCCACCACGCAGCGAAACUGGCGGUCUGGCCAAUUUGGGAAACAAAUCCAACUACUUUAGUCAAAGCAACUGCUGUGCAAGUCUCAAUGUGGGCAUCAGCGGAAGCAGUGGUAGCAAUUAAGUGGAAAUAUAGGAAGAAAAAUACCAAAAUCAAAUUUUAGAACAGGAACAAAAACUGUUGAAUGUGUGAUCAUUUUGUAAUAUUGUUUUAAUUUAUUAUCAAUGUUUAUUUUUUUUAUAAUAAGAAAAUCAAUGUGUUGCCGUUGAGUUUUCUAUUAUACAUACAUACCUACCGUAUCGAUGUUGCGUGGGAAAAUGCCUCAAGUUUUUUUUUCUACAUAAAAUAAGCCUUUGUUGAAUAAAUCCACUGAACAUUUUGGACAAGAGCUUUGGACUGGUUACAGUCACAAGAUUAACUCGAUUUUAUUAUGUACAUAUCGAGGUGUUUUUGAGUUCAAGAAUGAUAAAAUACGAUCUUUACAAAAGAAAAUAAUAUCUCAUACUAUUGUCAGAGAUCUCUUGUAUAGUUAAGUUCUUCAUUUGUAAGCCCAAAAGUUUUUUUUUUCUAGAAAAUGAAUUGAAUAAAUUAAUCCAACGAGGUGUCUUGCACUCGUA